AUUUACACCAACCUCAUUCCUGUUUGUGGUACGAAACGAUCUUUUAAAAUAUUCUAGCUAUAAUUUACUAUUUUGAUUGUCACUUAAGAACCAUCACUUAAUUGAUCAUGCACAACAAUGAAAUGACGCGCAGAGAUUACUUUCCUGAGCAAAGGAAUGUAAGAUAACUGGUACAUCAGUAUUCGUAUUCAUGUUUUCGCAAUGUUUUGGCGUGCAUGCGUGAGGUUGAAAACCACACCGAAUUUAAAACGGCAGGGUAAAAUUGUUAAUUUUGUUGCUGUCGAUAUGAAUAUGCUUUGCAACUGACAAUUUUUUUUCUCGAAUUAAAUUAUUCCAUGGUUGACGAAUCAUAAACAUGUAGCACUUUGGGGGUAAGUUUGGAGAACACAAUCAUCACUUGAUGAUUGGAAGGGGGGGGGGUAGAGAUGGGCAGGAGAUAUGAACCGGACGUUGAUAAAUACGCGUUCGAAUCCACGUCUCGGAUUACACUGCACGUCAAACUACCCAGCGGCCACAUCAACCGUAACAACCGUUGGCAUAUUUUAAUGGAUUUGAACAUUCACAACGUAUUUUUUCUCACGAUACAAUCCAUUUAGCUCUUGCACAUUAGCUGGUAUCUUCUCGGGCGAGGAGACCUCCAUCCACCAGUGGCUAGAUCAUGGCUGAUUGUGACUCCGCUCGCAUUCUGAUUUCUGACAGCUGGUUAAGACGAUGCAUCCCCGUGUCCUUCAACCGACGUCUCGUUAAUUAUCGGCCAGCUAAAAUAAAUGAUCGCCAUUGUCGCUUCAUUGUUGGCUCGGAUAAAUGCACCGCCUGUUUGUCAAUCCACUCCCCUUACCAUGCGAGUCGUAGCAGGCAUUGCAUAACGUCGUUCAUCACGCUGCUCUGUGGGUUGGUGGAGCUGUAGGGAGAUCUUGGACGUGGUGGGGGGGGGGGGCAUAGCAUGUACAAUGCAGUGAUGAAUAUCCUUGCACCAUUCCCUGCGCAGCCGCCGAAUGACCACUCGGAAGGUCGUUGGUAUGUCGCCCAUCCAAGCGCUAUCCAGGCUCAACCUGCAGAGCCUCGGAGGUGUGACGAGAUCGGGCGCAUUCCGAGUGAUUUGUCCACAGACUGGCUAAUAAUUAGGCGCCAGUAAACUUUCACGUUGUAUAAACGGUAUGUGCGCCGGGUUAAUGUAUAACGAGCGCUCGUCGUAGGGUUUACAUAAGCAUUCUCUGUUGUGUCUGGAACCUCAAUUCCACCCCUUUGAAGCGAGCACUUUUAUAGCUGUGCAGACAAAGUCACAAAUGUCGCUGUCUUAUGUGCAUUGCACAAUCACCACCGAGAUUGCGUAUCAUACGAAUUGUGACUUUCUUAAAGGGUGUUGUUUACCCUUUUGAAAAAGUACAUAGGUCUCGCAUACCACUAAUUGUCACUUUCCAUCAUAAUUGUCAGGUCCACUGCUCGCUUACUAAUUAGAUGAUUUUCAAUGGACACAAUUUUGGUUAAAGUCGACUGAUUUCCAUAUCGGUUAUGAUAACAGGAAUCGCAGUCUGGUACACUGCGGUGUGGAGGAGGUAUUAUCCGUCACUAUAAAAUAAGCAACGACAAAGUAGCCCUUUAGGCUAUUGCUACGCUGCACAAAAUAAACCGCACUAACCAGUUCUCGGUGUGUCUUUCUCUACUGCCGGAUAAGUUUCGCUCGGCGACCCACCCAAUUGUGCGAUCGACUAAAAUAUAUGCGCGCGUGUGUGCGCAUUAAACGCAGAGCAGCCUUCUGCUCCUAAUUGCCUUCUACAGCCAGUUGAGUGCGCUGAUAAUCAGGCGUUGCCCACCGUGCAUGUAUAGUAUCGGCGUACCGCUGUCGCGUAUUUGCGGCACGACUGUUGGCUUGUGGAUUACCACCAAGGCUAUCCUGUAAUCUCCGCUCGUUGGGCCCACAACUUUGGCAACCGCCCCAUCGCCAACCACAUUCGACCGCGAGUUCCUUCGUCUCCACGCGUGCCCGCACGCCCCGCACCCCGCCUGCCACUCGCCACGUGUUUGACGAUGGCAGCCGGAGCGGGGCAAGGUGCUGGCAGUGGCCAGAUGUGCACGCUCUCAGCGGAGCUCCCUCUGGGAGCCGACACCAUCAGGAGCCCAUCGGGGAUCAUCAUCAUCCCAGAGCUGGUAUCUGGGGCCCUCGUAUGGAUCCUGGUGGCCUCGACGCAACUCCGUGGCACCGAGAUGCACCAGGGAUGGGUGAUGUUGGUCUCCGUCAUGUUUUGCGUGUUCUCCAUCAUCCAGCUGGUGCUCUACCUCACUGGGACAGCAAAGCAGAGCAGCACUUGGAUCCAUCUGGACUUGGCGCUCAACAUGCUCGCGUUCACGCUCUACCUGAGUGCUUCAGUGCUGCAGGUCAACGCCACCAUCGCCAUGCUCAACGUGUACAUCGAAGAGUGCGGUCGCGGCAAUACGGACGUUCAGGGAGCAAUCCUUCACUUGUAUCGCGUUAAUGUCGCUGCAACGGUGUUUGCGUUUUUGACCACGGGCCUGUACGCGGUCAGCGCAUUCAUCAGCAUCCAGCGGUGGAAGCUGAAUUGAUUCGUCUCCAAGAAGCUGCCUGCUCCAAACAUUAUCGUCAAUUCGAAAGCAAGCCUAUUCUACAUACUUUGUGUGUAUUCAAUUGUAUUGGUAUAAUGUUACUGUGGCUGGGCGUAGUAUUGUCCACGUGCAAUCCAGUACUCUAGCACCAUGCAGAUGGUGACAUCAGCAUGGUGGAUCAUGCUGAUGUCACCAUCUGCGUGGGACUCCGAGUCUGCUUGAUUACACUUACCAAUGAAUAGUAUAAUAAUAAAAACAAUGUUUAUUUUCAGCCCUUUGCAUACCCACAACGUAUUGCCAUGGGGGUUGUGUUUACUAUUUUGGUACGCUAAUCAAGCGUGGGUGUCGAGGUGCCAUGCCCUAGCUUGUCAGGAGAAGGCAGAUAGAGCAAAUGGGAGCUCCACCUGCUCUAUCUGUAUGGGAUAGAGCAUUGUCCCCUCAAACACGUGGAUUUCCUGCAAGUGCUCCGGUUUUCUCGCACAUGUAAACAGAAUUAAUUGGCUGAAAACUUCUUGUAUCGACGGCCCCAGAGCUUGGGCAAACGUUGGCAUCGCCUCACUUUGUGGCUGCCUUCCCGCUUGUCUGUGGCCCCUCGCGCCUCCGAGUCAUUCUUUCUCUUAGAGAGCGAGCAAACACUGCGCCUGUUAUAAGUUGAAAUGUUUAGUAAAGGUGCAGUGUGGGGUGUUACCCAGAUGUCAGGCGCUGCUGGUGAUAUACCAUGUGGCCGGUAACACAGUUCACUGACAACUGCGCCACCAAUCCCCCAAGUAGCAAAAGAGUGACGCACACAAAUAAUAAACAGACAUCAAGCGUAACUCGACAUGUACACCGGAAAACUAUGGGCUCUAUAUCCUGUAUGUAAAUGUAUAUUGAUUAUAUGGAGAGGUGGACUUCCUGUCUAUUCAAUAGACAUUACCUAUGAGCCUCCACCACAGCAUGUAGAGAGUUUUCAUGAAGGACAACAAUUAGGUUGUCAGUAUUGCUGCUCAAAGUGUUUUAUACUUUGUCCGUGUGAGAUUUCUCCAAGAAUCCUGGUGUCCUCCCAUCUACAAUUCAUAACCCUCACAUGCACAGGAACCCCCGAAACGUGAUGGAAAUGUUACGUAUGAUUAAAUAGCUUUCACCUAUAUAGCAUAGCAGUCGACCACAGUGAACACGACGCAUGAGAGAGUUGAGGAAUUCACAAAGAUACCAAUGGAGGACCUUACUGAAAAUGCCUUGUGAUUCUGCUGAGCAUUUUGGCAAUAAAUAUAAUUAUGUAGUAUUACGAUUCACACAAAGAGGUGAGAUAAAUAUUUUAACACUGAAAUGUGUAUAAUUGCCAGACUUUGUCUUAUUACAUCCUUCCAAAUUUGACCCCAUAUUUCGACAGUGGGACUUCCAAUUUCGCCCGGUUGGCAUGGGCCCGGGUACAAGGAAUGAAAUGGGUUGCCCCACGCCUCCCCCCCCCCCCCCCUUCAUUGCCCAGAACCGGAGGCCUUUUUUUCCAGUGGACCCCAGUGCAGUUGCACUGCCUGCACACUCUGGCUCCGUGUGCUGAUGUAUGCAAAGGCAAUACCGAUGCACGUUGUGAUUAUGAAGCAAAUUGUAGAAAUCCAUUUUGUAAGGGGUCAUUUGUUGGUGUGUCGUGAUUUGUCCCCCUCAUAUUCAAUUAAUUAUCAGGAAUCUGAGGUUUACAUUGGAUUAUUUUUAUCGUGAUUUUUUUUAUAUAUAAAGUGGGCUCUGGUGGAUCGAAUAGUUACCCGAAUAAAAAAUCUGCACGUGUGAUUUAUUGCACAUAUCAUGAGCAUAAGAAUACAUUUUAAUUGGUUAAUUGCUGUAUCAUUACACCUAAAUCGACCAAAUGUAUUUUGAUGCUCAACUAGGACAAAUUGAGCUGGCAGCUAAUUCAUUUGUCAACCCCGCCCACUUUUUCAUAACCACGCCCACUCCAUCACUAGCACUGUCCACACUCUCAGUGGCCUCCCUCUUUCUUACAUUGGCCCUGCUUACUACCCACAGGCCCUGCCCACUAUAAACCCCACCCACUACUCGGGUAGCUUUCCCCCAUGGCCGGUAUCAUUAAGCAAGCAUGGAACCCAGGACAUUUUAAAAUAGUUUGCACACCAAGGCAGCUUUUCUGAAACGUGGCCUGUUCCGGCCAAAACCAGGACGUUUUAGUGGCCUUAAUAGCGCUCCGAGUAAUUUGUUUUGCGCCAAUUUUUUAUCAGAGAGCCUGAACCUUGGAAAGUUCCAUUCCCUCCUUUGCGCGAUCGAUAUUCGUGCCAAGCAAACUACGCAAGAACAAUGGCAACAUUGUUUAUACAAAGUUGUAGCUAGGGGUUGAGAAUGAUAAGACUAGGAUUAUCGUUAUAUUUUCUUUUCGGAUUAUUGUUUUCUUUUCCACCUUUCACACGUGUAGAAAUAUCGAAUGAAUUUUUUUUCCCCACGUGUGAAAUAAUACACAUCCUUGUCGAAUGACAUUGUUUUGUCACGUGAUAUUAACUAUUUGUAAAUAUUGUACUGGAAACUGUUAUCUCCACUGUUCUAUGCAAAUAAAAAUCUGAAAUAUA